AUGAAGUUUGGGUUGCUGGAAGCAGGUCUUUUGGGCGCUGCCUCGGUGGCUAGUGCUAAGGAAUUGGCGUAUUCCCCUCCUUACUAUCCCUCCCCAUGGAUGACCGGUCAAGGCGAGUGGGCUGAGGCUCACAGACGCGCUGUUGAAUUUGUCUCAAACUUGACAUUGGCCGAGAAGGUCAAUUUGACUACUGGUGCUGGAUGGGAGCAGGAACGAUGCGUCGGAGAAACUGGAGGCAUUCCAAGACUAGGAAUGUGGGGAAUGUGCAUGCAAGACUCGCCCCUGGGAAUUCGUGACAGCGAUUACAACUCGGGUUUCUCCGCUGGUAUCAAUGUUGCCGCUACUUUCGAUAAGAGACUGGCCUACGCUCGUGGCAUGGCUAUGGGCGAGGAACAUAGAGAUAAGGGCGUGGAUGUCCAACUGGGACCUGUGGCUGGUCCUUUGGGCAAGAACCCCGACGGUGGUCGUGUCUGGGAGGGCUUCUCUCCUGACCCUGUUCUCACUGGUGUGAUGAUGGCUGAAACUAUCAAGGGAAUGCAAGAUGCUGGUAUCAUUGCUUGUGCCAAGCACUAUAUUGGAAAUGAACAGGAGCAUUUCCGCCAGGCUGGCGAGGCCCAGGGGUACGGGUAUAAUAUCACUGAAAGUGUGAGCGCGAACAUCGACGAUACCACGAUGCAUGAGCUUUACCUCUGGCCCUUUGUCGAUGCUGUGCGUGCUGGUGUGGGAUCUAUUAUGUGCUCCUACAACCAAAUUAACAACAGCUAUGGUUGCUCCAACAGUUAUACCUUGAACAAGCUGCUCAAAGGUGAGCUUGGAUUCCAGGGUUUCGUCAUGAGUGAUUGGGGUGCCCACCACAGUGGUGUCGGUGAUGCCCUUGCUGGUCUGGAUAUGUCGAUGCCUGGUGAUGUUAUUCUGGGAAGUCCCUACUCGUUCUGGGGUACUAACCUGACCAUCUCCGUGCUGAACGGUACUAUCCCCGAAUGGCGCAUUGACGACAUGGCAACUCGUAUCAUGGCGGCGUACUACAAGGUUGGUCGCGACCGCUACCGUACUCCUCCCAACUUCAGCUCCUGGACUCGUGAUGAGUACGGCUACGAGCACUUCAUAGUGAGCGAGAACUGGGUCAAGCUCAAUGAGCGUGUCAAUGUGCAGCGUGACCACGCCAACGUCAUUCGUAAGAUUGGCGCAGACAGCACUGUGCUCCUGAAGAACAAUGGUGGUCUGCCAUUGACUCACCAGGAGCGAUUCGUCGCAAUCCUAGGUGAGGACGCGGGCUCCAAUCCCUACGGUGCUAACGGUUGCUCUGACCGUGGUUGCGAUAAUGGUACUCUGGCUAUGGGCUGGGGCAGUGGAACGGCCAACUUCCCUUACCUCAUUACCCCGGAGCAAGCCAUUCAGAAUGAAAUUCUGAAUUACGGUAACGGCCAGACCAACGUGUUCGCUGUGACCGACAACGGGCUUCUUGACCAGAUUGCCGAAACCGCUGCCCAGUCAAGUGUUGCUCUGGUCUUCGUCAACGCCGACUCCGGCGAGGGCUACAUCAACGUUGAUGGCAAUGAGGGUGACCGCAAGAACAUGACCCUUUGGAAGAACGGCGAAGCAGUCAUCAAAGCCGCUUCGGAGAACUGUAACAACACUAUCGUCAUCAUGCACACCCCCAGUGCCGUCUUUGUUAAUGACUGGUACUUGAACCCCAACAUCACUGCUAUCCUCUGGGCCGGUCUGCCUGGUCAAGAGAGCGGCCGAAGCUUGGUGGAUAUCCUCUACGGCCGCGUCAACCCUGGAGCCAAGACUCCCUUCACCUGGGGAAAGACUCGCAGCGACUAUGGUCCAUCAAUCCUCACCGAGCCCAACAACGGCAUCGGAGCCCCCCAGACCGAUUUCACCGAUGGUGUAUUCAUUGAUUACCGUCGAUUUGACAAAGAAGAUGUGGAGCCAAUCUAUGAGUUCGGCUUUGGUAUGAGCUACACCGACUUCGCCUUCUCCGACCUGGAGGUCAAGGCUUUGAGAGCCGAUAAGUACGUCAAGACCACUGGAUGGACCAAGCGUGCCCCAGUACUGGGCAAGGUUGGCCCAGUCUCAGACUACUUGUUCCCCAAAAGCAUCAAGCGUGUCACACAGUACCUCUACCCCUGGUUGAACUCCACCAACCUGAAAGAGUCAUCUGGGGACCCCUACUACGGCGAGAAGACCGAGAAAUACGUCCCUGCCGGCGCUACUAACGGAUCCGCUCAACCCCUUCUACCCGCUAGCGGUAGCAGUGGCGGUAACUCAGGUCUCUUUGAGGACUUGAUCCAGGUCACUGCUACCAUCACCAACACCGGCUCCUUGACCGGUGACGAGGUUCCCCAACUCUAUGUAUCUCUUGGUGGUCCGAAUGAUCCACCCAAGGUCCUGCGUGCUUUCGACCGUGUCACUAUCGCUCCCGGCCAGAAGAUUCAGUGGACCACUACUCUGACUCGUCGUGAUCUUUCCAGCUGGGACGUUGCAGCUCAGAACUGGGUUGUUACUGAUACACCCAAGACGGUGUAUGUUGGCAACUCGUCUCGCAAGCUGCCUCUCUCGGCCAAGUUGCCUUCGGUUCAGUAA